AUGGCCUCCAACAACGACAACCACAAGAAGGCGAGCGAGAAGACGGAGGAGAAGACCAACUUUCCUCGCGCCAGAGACUGGGUUCCGUCUUUUAAUGACGAGACCCCGGACUGGGCGAAGGACAGCAAAUGGUCGUCAACGGUGAAGACUCUGCUGACUGUGGUGUUUGGCACUGAAAUUACAGAGCAACAACAGGUCAUAUUCAAGCCCAAGAUAGAGGCUCUCGCGAAUGAGCUCUACGUCGAGUGGUUCAAGACUGGACACCAUUUCAUCGGCCUGGAGUUCGUCAAGUAUCAAAUCUUGGCGUGGUUCUGGAUGGAGCUGGGCCACACCCAAGAAGAACUCGACGCGAUGAACUUGGCGAUUCCCGUAUCCUACAUGAGGGACGCUGACCUCGGCUACAUGGAGUUUUUGAUGGCCGAGCACCCGGAAUUCUACCAUGCCAACAAGUGGCGGAUGCCGGUCUUCAGGCCUCCAGUCAAGUCGGGACCGUCUGCGUCCAAUGCAGCACAGUCAGCUCCUACAACCACUCCCGCGGCUCCCUCUGCGUCUAAGGCAGCAAAGACUAGCCCCGCUGUCACUCCCGAGACCGUGAAUUCACCUGCGUCCAAGGCGGUGAAGCCCAACUCAUUCCCUACUACCAACAUGGCGGCUGCAUUUGCGUCCAAGGCAACGACCCCCAUAACCUCAACAGCUGCGUCUAAGGCAGCAGUUCCUCCACUCAUCGGCCCAAAGCGGGAAAGCUUUGCGACCGGAAUCCAGGCCUGCCAAAAUCAACUCAACUUCAGCACGGCGGAAUCGAGCACUACGCCUCAGAGUCAGGCUCAGGCUCAAGUCUCUGGUAUCAAUAAACUAAUCGAAGCUGGAAGAGCCGAUCGGGGGGAGCACUUCAUCAGUUGUGGUCUCUCCGCGAAUAGUUUGGAAUUUGACGGCUACCCGUUCGAGGCGCGGCUCCCCAACAACGUCCACAAGGACAAGGCCAUGGCGACCCGCCUGUUCAAAGACCCCAACGUCAUGCGACAAGUUUCGACUAUGCUGGAUUCGAGGCUCCGCAUCGUCUGGACAGAGCACAACCGUGCAACGUUUCUUCUGGCCAUCCCGACUUCAAAUCACACCAAGCUGGACGACGUCGACUAUCUCUCGGUCUGGGAAAUCCUGGUCACCUACUGCGGCAUGUUGGAGACGAACCCAGGCUCUCUCAUCCCCCUCAGCGACUGGUUCAGGCACUCUUUAGAGACAAACGCACUCAGAAACGUUGAGAAAGCGAAGGUCGCGAUGGCCGAGCGCAAGCGCAGACUUCUUGAGCUCGAGUUGCGUAAGCAAGAGGAUGCAGCGAAGAGUGCUCUUGGUCAAAUCAAGAGCAAGCAGACGCGUUCCGUCAUGGAGUGGACUAUUCAAAGGUGCAUGGAAACAAAAGGUGCCGACGGCGAGAGAUGGAAGAGACUCACCGAUCUCUGGAUGUACGCCUCGCUCAUCUGGAACAACACCGGCGUGCAUCUCUCUUCAGAGGAGAUCAAGUACGCCAUCCAGCAGGCUUGGUCGAACUACAACGGCGACGGCAAGAAGGCAGAGAACACCGCACAUGCCGCCAGAUGGUUUUUGAAGGUCGGAGACUUGUCCAAAAAGUUCCUCGACGAGGUCGGCUCUGUGGCUGAUGUGCUGAAGGAGAUGAAUAUGGACGAGUCGGUACCCGGUCUGGACAUGGCUGAUGAUGAACUUCCCAACGACGUCUAG